AAAAAGAACCAACACCCAAAAUGCAAAGCCACACCUUGAAACAUCUAACAUGUCCAUGGCUUCUAAAAUUCCGCUCUGCUUCAUGCACUAUUGCCUCUCUCUCUUUCACUCAGCACCCACAACCAGAACAGCAACAAGAACAAACCCAAUACAGCAUAAACAACAACAACAAGAGCAAAAGUAACAGCAACAAGGGUGGUUCAUACUUUCCAAAGAGGGGGCAAGAACUUGAGCUGGUAUGUGAGAGCUUAGCUUUUAAAGGGAAAGGACUGUGCAAGGUGGCAGACACUGGCUUCAUUGUUCUGUGUGACCGUGUACUCCCUGGUGAGAAGUUUGUUGGCCGAGUUACACGCAAGAAAGGAAAUUACGCUGAGGUGACCAAGAUAAAGACAAUAUCUCCUCAUUGGGAUGCUGUGGAUGCCCCUUGUGAGUAUGCUUCAUACUGUGGAGGUUGUAAGACGCAAAACCUGUCUUAUGAGGCUCAACUUAGAGAAAAGGAACAACAAGUCCGUGAUCUGGUGGUACAUGUUGGAAGAUUUUCUGAUAAAGACCCAGAAAACUCUUGCGUUAUGAAGCCCAUUGUUCCCUGUGGUAUUCAAUUUAAUUAUAGAAAUAAGAUGGAGUUCUCAUUUGGUUCUAAAAGAUGGUUGCCUAAAGAAUCAUUUGAGAAAGGGGAUGGUGAAGUGAAUUAUGCACUAGGAUUACAUGCUCCUGGCUUUUUUGAUAAGGUUUUGAACGUUGACAAAUGCUUAUUGCAAAGUGAGCCUGCCAAUGUGGUCCUUGCUGCUGUCCAAGAUUGUUGGAGAGACUCACAAUUAGGUCUGUCUCCUUAUGAUGUCCACUCUCAUGCAGGAUUCCUCAAGCAUUUAAUGCUAAGAUCUGGAAGGGAUGUGAAGACUGGUCUGCCUGAACUCAUGGUCAAUUUCGUAACAUCUUCUUACGAACCAGACCUGCUGAAGCCGCUGGUUGAGAAAAUAUCUUCAAUUCCUGAAGUGGUUAGUAUUAUGAAUAAUGUCAAUUCUUCUGUUGGUAACACAUCUGUUGGGGAGGAGGAGCACACUUUAUAUGGGAAAUCUACCAUCACUGAGACCUUAAGAGGGCUUACGUUUCAAAUCUCAGCCAACUCUUUCUUCCAAACAAAUACUCACCAGGCAGAGGUUCUAUAUAAACUUAUUGAAGAUUGUGCUGGUCUCAGAGGAGAUGGCUCAGAAAUUGUGCUUGACCUAUUUUGUGGAACUGGCACCAUUGGCUUGACCCUUGCAAGAAAGGUUAAACAUGUUUAUGGCUAUGAAGUAGUUCCUCAAGCUAUAUCAGAUGCACAUAGAAAUGCCACAUUGAAUGGUAUUUCUAAUGCUAAUUUUGUCCAAGGGGACCUCAACAAAAUUGGUGAAAAUUUUGGCAAUGAGUUUCCAAAGCCCGACAUUGUCAUUUCAGAUCCAAACCGCCCUGGUAUGCAUAUGAAAUUGAUUAAGUUCCUGCUAAAGCUUAAGGCACCACGCAUUGUUUACGUAUCGUGUAAUCCAGCCACAUGUGCACGUGACCUUGAUUACCUUUGUCAUGGUGUGACAGAGCAAAAUAUUAAAGGAUGUUACAAACUCAAAAGCCUACAGCCAGUGGACAUGUUCCCUCACACUCCGCAUAUCGAAUGUGUUUGCCUACUGGAACUAUCUUGACCUUUGGCCGCAAUUAUCAUGUGCCAACCUUUCGAGCCUAGAUUUUGAUUCAUUGUCAAUCUCUCAAGCAAUUCUCCUUGCAUAUUCAUCCUAGCUGCUCGGUUGCUCGCAAACUUGGCAGCUGAUAGAUCAUUGUGGGAAAAUAUCUGGUGGCGUGAUUUUCAGCUAUGUCGUUAAUUUUAGUUUCAGUGUUUAUAGUUACCAGGAUAAAGAACUUGAUCAUUGUUGGUUGAUGGAGUUUGUUGAUUAAUGUUAAAUAAAUAGCUCGAGUUCCAUAUGGUUAGUCCAAAAUCCAAAUUUAUGCCCCAUUUGGACCUUCUUUGUUAUUCAACUUUUGUAACUUUAUUCAUGUACUGUGAGAGAAGUUUCAAAUAAAAUCUAAGUUUGAAG